ACACCACAACAACUCCAAAUGUUUGUUCUUUCUUCCUUGAAAAAAGACAGAAACCAUUUGCGAUAUAAGUAGAGAUGGGUGUUACAAAAACAUCAAAAACACCCGCUCCCUCCUCUCUCUCUCAGUCUCUCUCUCUCUAAAACUAGUCAAGCCCUCCUUGAUUUGUUAUAUACACUCCUCUCUCUACAUAUAUCCCAACCAAACCAACUCACUAAAAAUAAAAAAAUAAAAAAAAAUGUUGAAUCCAUUGGUUUCCAAGGGUCCAACAUGCGAAGAGAAAGCAACAAGCAGCUAUCUCUCAGAGCUGAAAUCCAUCUCCAACAUCUCCCUCCCCAUGAUCCUCACCGGCCUAAUCCUCUACUCCCGCUCGAUGAUCUCCAUGCUCUUCCUCGGCCGCCUCGGCGACCUCUCCCUUGCCGGCGGCGCCCUCGCGGUGGGCUUCGCCAACAUCACCGGCUACUCCAUCCUCUCCGGCCUGGCCGUGGGCAUGGAGCCCAUCUGCGGCCAAGCCUACGGCGCCCAGCGCUUCAAACUCCUGGGCCUCACCCUCCAACGCACGGUGCUCCUCCUCCUCCUCGCCUCCGUCCCCAUCGCCCUCCUCUGGCUCAACAUGCACAAGAUCCUCCUCCUCUGCGGCCAGGACCCGGACAUCGCCGCCGCCGCCCACUCCUACAUCCUCUUCUCCCUCCCGGACCUCCUCGCGCAGUCGCUCCUCCACCCCCUCCGCAUAUAUCUAAGGAGCCAAUCCAUCACAAUGCCGCUCACCUACUGCGCUGCGCUCUCCAUCAUCCUCCACAUCCCCAUCAACUACUUGCUGGUGACGGUGCUCGGCCUCGGCCUCAGGGGCGUGGCGGCGGCGGCCGUGUGGACCAACAUAAACCUCGUGGGGUCCCUGGUGGCGUACGUGGCAAUGUCGGGGGUUUACAAGAAGACGUGGGGAGGGGUGUCGACGGAGUGCUUCAAGGAAUGGGGGUCGCUUCUCAAUCUGGCCAUCCCGAGCUGCGUCAGCGUCUGCCUGGAGUGGUGGUGGUACGAGAUCAUGAUCCUCCUCUGCGGCCUCCUCGUCACCCCACGCGCCACCGUCGCCUCCAUGGGGAUCCUCAUCCAGACUACUUCCUUAAUCUACAUUUUCCCCUCCUCCCUCAGCUUCGGCGUGUCCACCAGGGUGGGGAACGAGCUCGGCGCCGACCGCCCGCUGAGGGCCAGGGCGGCCGCCGUGGUGGGCCUCUGCGCCAGCUUCGCGGUGGGACUUGGGGCGCUGGCGUUCGCGGUGGCGGUGAGGAAUGUGUGGGCAGGGCUGUUCACGCGCGACGCGGAGAUUCUGGCGCUGACGUCGGCGGUGCUGCCGAUCAUCGGGCUGUGCGAGCUGGGGAACUGCCCGCAGACGACGGGGUGCGGAGUGCUGCGGGGGACGGCGCGCCCCAAGAUGGGGGCCAACAUCAACCUCGCCUGCUUCUACCUGGUGGGGAUGCCGGUGGCCGUCGCGCUCAGCUUCAGGCUCCACUACGACUUCAAGGGGCUGUGGAUGGGGCUGCUGGCGGCGCAGUUCUCCUGCGCGCUGGCGAUGCUCUUCGUGCUGCUCAGAACGGAUUGGGAGCUUCAGGCUGCCAGGGCCAAGCACUUGACCGGGAAAACAUCGGAUUAUACCCAAAUGGAUGAUUCAUUCAUUGAUUUAAUUUAAUUAAUUAAAUCUUCAUCGAUCACUUUAUUCUUUUCUUUUUGUUAGUGUAAAUCAAAGGAUAGCAUUAAUUAGAGAUGUUAAUUAGGAAUUACAUAUGUUUUUUUUUUUUUUGGUUAAGAAAUGUUAAUGUUUAAUUAGAUGCGCAAGUCAAAGAAAGGAACAAAGAUUUUGUUGUUGGUAGUAUACAGUGAGGUUUGAGAGAUUGUAGAGUGUGAAUGACACAAAAUCAAAAAACGCAUUCCCCA